CAUCGCUCUCGGCCCCCUUCCACGGGGCAUUUUGUAUGUAGCAUCCUGGAUCGCCUCCUGCUGGCCCCAGGUCCCACAGAGCGGCCUCUGGAGGCCGGAAUUGCACAAAAGCAGCCCUCUGCAGGCGCUUGUGGUCCGAGCUCCGACCAUGGAGCUGGCCUCGCCGGGCGUCGCCGGCGCCGCGAGAGCAGCCUCGGCGCAGUCGCCACCGCGCCGGGGCUCCGUGGUCCUCAGCUGGGCAGCCACGCGUGGACCCCCUGCUGCCCCUGCUGUCGGGCCUGAUCGGUGGCUUCACGUGAACCCUACGGUAGCUUCGUGUCGUGUCGACUGGCGGCGACCCCGCCGCUGGUGUUCAACGUUGAACGCCAGCUGGCUGCACCCGGCGCCGGCGGCGCCGCGGGCCGCCAAGCGCCGCCGCCGCGCCGGGGCUCCGUGGUCCUCA